UUACUCUUUCCGCUAGAUGGGAGUAUCACGCCAUGUCAAGGAUGUUUUUCACGAAAAGCGCAAGUAAAUAGGUGCGAGUUCCCACGAAGAAAACGUAAUUUUGAAAAUAUGGGAAGUCGUAAUAGAGUUUGUCCAUUAAAGGAGGAUGAGAAAUGUGUGAUUGAAGAAGAUAGCUUACAAGGAACAUGUCCUGUUUCAAAUGGGUUGGCGAAUAGCUUCGCUUCACACUUCUCUGCCGUGGAGUUUUGUGGUCAAAUUGCGAGACUUGAUUCAUCCCUGAGUCACGACCAAAGUGCUUUAGCGGAGGAAAGUACAUGUGAAGGUCAACCUGAACCUCCCUCAAGAGUUUCUCCAAUGGAAGAGGAAGCAAAGCGAGAAAAUGAGCAGAAUAGCUCGCAAGAAGCUGCCCAUCAUGUUUCGAAUAGUUCGGCGAAUGGCUUUACUUCACAAGUCUCCGCCGUUGAGUUUCGUGGUCAAAUUUUGAGAGUUAAUUCUUCAAUGAGUAAAAGUGCUUUAACGGUGCAAAAUGAUCUUCCUGCUCGACCUCCCUCAUCACCGAGUUCUUACUCGAAGAGAAGGAAUAGUGAUUUUGUUUAUGUUGAGAAAAUGCUGAAAGAGAUAAAUGCCUCUGCAGGCGCUGAUACGUCUUCAAGAAGUAGAAAGGAGAGUGUCCCUGCCUAUGAGCCCAUUUUGGAAUUUUCAGUCGAUGGGACUACGGGACAGAACGAAGAGGAAAACAGAGGACAAGAGCCGAGCGAGAAUGGAGAGGAAAGUGUUGGAGGGAAAAAGAAUAAAACCUGCUUACCUGUAGCAGAGGAGCCGAAUCAAGCUCUACUGAAAUAUUUCGUCACGCUAUCGAGCUCAAGCGAUUGCGAUGAUAAGCUGGAUUUAGGACACAUUCAAUCGCUAUUACUUGAAGGAGCUUGUGUGAACACCUGUGAUCGCUUCAGUCAAACGUUGCUCCAUGAAGUGUCUAGAAACUGGGGGACCGAUGUAGCGCAAUUUUUUAUCGAUAAAGGCGCAGACGUCAAUAAGGCUGAUGAUUUCGGACGAACACCUCUACAUGUGGCAGCCUCAGCUGAUUAUUCUGAGAUGGUCAGAUUUCUUAUCGACAAUGGUGCUGAUAUUGAAUUGACAACCAAGGGAGAGAAGCAAACUCCACUUCAUUUUGCAGCCAAAAAUGAAGCACCACAAAGUGUUAAAAUUCUUUUGGCCUAUGGUGCAGAGACGGAGGUUCGAGACUAUAAACAACGCACCCCACUGCAGCUUGCAGCCGAGAGCAACAGCGCUGAAAGUGCAAAACUUUUGCUGGAAGGGGGUGCUACUGCCGGAGCAAGAGACGACAGUGGAAUGAGUGCACUUACCCUGAUGAUCACGAAGAUGCCGAGUGUUGCGCUUCGAGCCUUGGACCAGUUCCACGUAACAGACAGAUCUCACCGCAAGCAACGGUAUUAUCUCAACUUCCUGGAACAAUGCGACCCAGAUACCAAACGUCAAUCAGUCAACCUCUCACCCUUGCAAGCGGUCGUGGAAGUCAAUUGCUUCGAGCUGAUCAUGCAUCCGAUUUUCCAAAGACUAAUCGAAGUCAAAUGGGGAUUCUUUGGUCUGAGAGCUUGGCUGGGGAUCUUUCUGAACGUCCUACUUGCUGUGGCCUACACUGUACUCGGAGUGACGCAUCCUACAGACGUGGCUAACUAUUAUUACCCGCUCAGCAAGAGUGCGUGGAAGAUACCCCUGGAGGCUGCCGUCGUGCUUCUAACAUUCAACGAAAUCAGGAAGGAGAUAAAAGAAUUUUACCAGUCCAAACGAGAAAAUAAAGGCUUCAUAAGCUGGAGGAAGAAAGAAGUCAAACGCGAUUUGCAAUAUUGUCAUCCUCGAUGGACACAAGAAAAAAACUUUAUCAAACAACACGUGAAACAGAUCAAGCACCGAAAAAAGACUUACUUCCAAGACAAGUGGAAUUAUUUGGAUUGGGUGGCGUAUCUAAUGCUGAUCAUUGUGAUCAUACUUCACGUCAUCAAUGUCGUCGUUGAAAACAAUCAGUAUAAUGGUUAUUUCACUCGGAUACAUGCCUGCACGAUUAUCAUCAUUUGGGUCCGCCUACUAAAGUUUGCCAGACCAUUCCCAAGUCAGGGCCCUUUUGUAGUCAUCCUAGACAACAUCCUAGUGGACACAAUCAGAUGGGGUUUUGUCAUAGCCAUGUUUUACAUCCCUUACGCGGCGGCUUUUUGGAUGUUGUUUGGCCCGGGAUCCAUGCGUGAGCCUGUGAAAGGAUACGACAACGUGGGACACUUAGCUUUCACUAUCAUCCGUUUCCCACUUGUGGAUAACUACAACUUCGAUGACCUGGAAAAAGAGUACCCGGUCAUGUCGCGUGUGCUUUGCGGCUCUUUCCUCAUCCUCGCUGCCAUCGUAUUGAUGAACCUAUACAUUGCGUUGCUGUCGAACACGUUUCAACGUGUUUAUGACAACGCUCGUGCCACGGCUGCCAUGCAGCGAGCGCGCCUUUUGCAAGAUCUUGAAUCGUCUGCCUCCGAUCAUAGAGUGGAGCGAUACAGGGAUCAUGUCCGUAAUAGAUGCAGCCCAGAGGGGAACGACUUCUUGGUGAUCAUAUCUGACGAAGAAGAACAAAACAGGAAACAAGUAGAGAAAAUCGCCUUGGUCCAUACCAUUGUUAGUGAUCGCCUGGGAGGGAAGAAGUUUGGAAAAGUACGAAAGAGCGAGUUUGACACAGUGCUUGAAGAUGUUGACUCCUUGAAACGUUCUCAGGGUGAAAUGCAGAAAUCUAUUGAUCACCUUCAUCUUCGUUUGGAAGAGAUUGGAAGCCUUAAUUCCCUUAUCUAUGAAGAAAUUGCUAAAUUGGUGCAACACGAGAAAGAACAGGUUUCGGCGAUUACUGAUGUUAACACCGAAGUGACCAGCUUGAACACUAACAUGGAGUACAAGGUUGAAAGUCUUUCCAGAGGCGUCGAAUCUGGAUUCGAAACUGUGGAAAUAGAGGCCAAACUGAGGAACAGUGUGCUAGAAGGCAACUUAGGCGCAAGAUUUGACCAGCUGCAGACCGAACUCAUGGAAAUUAGCUCCAAGUGCGAUGAACACGAAACACAUAUCAAACAGUAUGAAGAGAACCUCAUGGCAAGAGUAGGACAUUUGGAGGCCUUUGUAAUAAGUAUGAAAGAUGACAAAACCAUGGAGAAACCUAAAGAAAGAAAACUCAGUCCAAGACCUAAAUCCAGAGCGACCAGCCCAAGAUCAUCCCAACUAGUCGAUGCAAACAGAGAAGUGGUCAAGGCUGUAGCAACUUCUUCAGGAAGAAUCCCUCUCGACGUGGAAACUGCAUCUGUCUCGGAUUUUCCUAAUGGAGAUACGGUAGCAGAGAAGCAGAAAAAAAGAUCAAACAUUAUGUCAGGUCAAGCCGCGAGAGACGAGUUUUUGACUCGACUAAAGGAAACACUGACACCGAUUUCACCCCCAAAUUUAGCUCCGUGUGGAGAGGAUAACGAAGCAGACAAAACUGAUCUGGAUUGUGCCAAUGGAGAUACGAUAGUUGAGAAGCAGAGGAAAAGAUCAAUUAUUAUGUCAGGUCAAGCCGCGAGAGACGACUAUGUAGCUCGUUUAAAAGGAAUAUUGGCACCGAUUUCGCCCCCAAAUUUAGCUCCAUGUGCAGGGGAGAGCGAGGAAAACAAAGGAAAAACUGACUGAGCUUCUAUCACGGUCGAAACGUGAUAACGUAUUCCAAUAUAAUAUAUAAUCACUUUGUCAUCACCCUUUGUAUUUUUUUCGUAGUUCAUACGCCGAUGAAAUUACAGAUAGAAAACUAAAUAGUUUAAUCGGUUCGAUGUCUUGAAAGUGGUAAUAACGCCAAUCAGUUAGAUGAUUAUGGUGACGGCAAGGGCUACAGCGCUUUUAAGCAGAAAUAAAGAAUGAGGAUAGAGAUCGCUUUCAGGAAGUUAUAAUACAAAUUGACACAUACAUUGUAAAUAGUCAGAUUUUUCUUUAAAUUCUCCGUGUAAUUAGCGUAAACGUAUAUCUCCUAGUUAAACGUACAUAUGGGAAGGACUCCUUGAUUAAAAAGCUUCAAUAACAA